UCUAUGUCCGCUUAAUGGGAGAUGAGGAAGGCAAAGGAAGACAGGGGAAAAGAGGAGAGAAGAUAGGGGAGAAGUUCCAAGAUCGACAACACAAGAAAAGAGAAGCACUGGAAAUGGCGAAAUCCUCGUCCGAUGCCCUUCCAGAGUCGUUCCAGAAGAUUCUCUCUCCGACAGCGACAAUUUUCGAAGGCGUUUCUCCAGAAACCGUCCACAAAGUUCUUAGUUUCUUUUCGACUGUCAGCGUCUCCGCCGUUCUCCCUGAUCACUCCACCACCAAGGACUUCUACUCCGAAUUGAUCGCCGGUCUCCUGAAGCCUCUGAGAAUCGAACCGGGACGUGUCACUUGCCUCCUAACUGUCAAACCUCCCAUCAUUAACACCUUCUCAACAGUUCAUGGAGGAGCAGUUGCAGCUAUUGCCGAGGUUAUGUCCAUAGCUUGUGCUAGAACUGUUGUUGCUGAGGGUAAGGAAGUUUUUCUUGGGGAACAAAGCAUAUCUUAUCUCUCUGCUGUUCAAAACAAUGCAGAGUUGAUAGUUGAUGCACAUGUAGUGAGGAAAGGAAGGAAUUUGACAGUAGUAGCAAUUGAUUUUACAUCAAAAAAAACCCAGCAGAUGAUUUACCAAGCCCGUUCUACCUUCUAUAACACGCCUCUUGCCAAACUAUGAAGUUCUGUUGUUCGAGGAAUCUGGGUAACAAGAAUAAUGUCCCUAAGAACUGAUUGUUGUAUCAUUGCUUUAAUGUGUCGGGACAAAUAAGUCCUCUUUUUUGUAAUGUAAUUAUUUUUCCACGCUCAUUAUCAGAAUCAUCUUAUGAUCUGAGGCCAUGGGUGCUAAGAUUUACGAUUAAGUACUCUUUGAAGUUGAAUGUAAAUGAUUACUCUGUGUUCUUUUUUA